CAAAUCAACCCCUUCACUUGUUGUUUUUGACACAACCUUUAUUUUUCUACCAAAAAGUUUUCUUUUUUUUUUGACACAAUGUUCAAAAGAAGCCUUGUUCAUGUAUCCAAAUAUUCAACACACGCCUCACCUUUGCAGUCAACAAAAAUCACCUUACCACUCCAGAAUAAGCUGAGCAUACUUUCCAAACGACAUGACACUUUGCUUUCUCGACUUAAUAGUAACAGCCUAAGCCCUUCAGAACUAACACAAGCCUCAAAAGAACUCGCUUCGAUAAAUGCACCAAAGGCCUUGUUCGAGGAGUGGCAAAAAGGCUGCAGCGACCUGGGAGAGUUACACGAGCUUUUAUCAAGCGGGGAUGCUGACGACCAAGAAAUGAUUGAUUUAGCAAAAGAAGAGUAUUCUGAUAUUAUGGAUCGUAUCAGUCAAAUUGAAAAGGAUUUGAUUACAGAAUUGGCACCAAAGGAUUCGGCUGAUGAUGCUAGUGCCAUUUUGGAAAUUCGCUCAGGCGCUGGUGGAGAUGAAGCUUCCAUUUUUUCUGCCGAUAUGGCUCGUAUGUAUGAACGUUUUGCUCAGUUAAGAAGAUGGAAAUGGGAAGUUCUGGCUAAAUCUGAUGAAACAGGUGGUAAAGGUUUCAAGGAUAUCACUGUUAAUAUCGGUGGUAAGAAUGUAUUCGGUGUACUGAAAUAUGAAUCGGGUGUACAUCGAGUUCAAAGAGUUCCAGCAACUGAAGGACAAGGUAGAAUUCAUACAUCUACUGUGACUGUGGCUAUUUUACCACAACCUACCGAAGUGGAUAUUCAGAUAAAGGAGUCCGACCUUAAAAUCGAUGUUUACCGUGCUUCUGGUGCAGGCGGACAGCAUGUGAAUACAACUGAUAGUGCCGUUAGAAUGACACAUAUACCAACUGGUUUGGUGGUAGCUAUGCAAGACGAGAGAUCACAACAUAAGAAUAAAGACAAAGCUUUUAAGGUUCUUAAAGCUAAAGUAUUUGAGCAACAACGAUUAAAAACACAAAACGAGAGACGAGAUUCAAGAAAUAAACAGAUUGGUACUGGUGACAGAUCUGAAAAGAUUAGAACAUACAAUUAUCCACAGAGUCGUGUCACAGACCAUCGUAUCAACUUGACAUUAUAUGAGUUGGAACAAAUUAUAUCUGGGGAAGCGUUGAUGCACGUUAUAGAACCACUCCAAGAACACUACCUUGCCGAAUCCCUUUUAGAUGAACAAUAAGAAUGAAAACUUGAAUAUAAUGGGAUGCAAAUUCUAUAGAGUAAGAUUCAAUAUAAUAAUAAAAGUAUAUAAAGAAUCUUAAUAUAAGUUGGUGGGUCCAUAACCGUUGAAAAAAAUAUCGACUUUAAAUAAAACAUAAUGAGAGUUACACUCUUUGGAUAUAUCCUGUCACUCAC